GCGAACCUCCUUUUUGUGUUUGUUUUGCAGAUAGACGCUGGAGGCUUCUUCCACUGGUGCCGUGUAAGCCCUCCACUAUCGCAAUACACCUCGCUCACUCACACGUCCGAGAGCAGCCCUGGAUACAGAUGGACCAGCAGGCCCAGUCCUAUAUGCUUGCCAGUCUGACACGGCCUCACUCAGAGCAGCUGCUGCAAGGCCUACAGCUGUUACGGCAAGAUCACGAACUGUGCGACAUAGUGCUACGUGUUGGCGAAGCCAAGAUCCACGCGCACAAAGUGGUGUUGGCCAGCAUCAGCCCGUACUUCAAGGCCAUGUUUACAGGCAAUCUUUCUGAGAAGGAGACCUCAGAGGUUGAGUUUCAGUGCAUUGAUGAAGCUGCACUACAGGCCAUCGUGGAAUAUGCAUACACAGGAACAGUUUUCAUCUCACAGGAAACAGUGGAGUCCCUCCUUCCAGCUGCUAAUCUCCUACAGGUGAAACUUGUGCUAAACGAGUGCUGCAGCUUCCUGGAGAGCCAGCUGGAUGCUGCAAAUUGCAUCGGCAUCUCACGCUUUGCCGAGACUUAUGGCUGUCAUGACCUCUGUUUGGCAGCCACCAAGUUUAUCUGUGAGAACUUUGAGGAGGUCUGCCGGACAGAGGAGUUCUUCGAGCUAACCAGGGAGGAGUUGGACGAGAUUGUGUCCAGUGAUUGCCUCAAAGUGCUCACAGAGGAGACAGUCUUUUAUGCGCUUGAGUCUUGGAUCAAGUAUGAUCUGAGUGAGAGGCAACAGUACCUAGCCCAGUUACUGCACAGCGUGCGGCUUCCUUUGCUCAGUGUUAAGUUUCUGACGCGCCUCUAUGAAGCCAAUCACCUCGUUCGGGAGGACCACGCAUGCAAACAUCUUCUCAACGAGGCGCUUAAGUACCAUUUCAUGCCAGAGCACAGGCUUUCCUACCAGACGGUGCUGUCCACCAGACCACGCUGUGCACCAAAGGUUCUUGUUGCAGUAGGAGGCAAGGCAGGACUUUUUGCCACUUUGGAAAGCAUGGAGAUGUACUUCCCUCAGACAGACUCGUGGAUUGGCCUGGCCCCAUUAAGCAUGCCCCGCUGUGAGUUCGGGGUUGCUGUUCUGGACCAGAAGGUGUAUGUGGUGGGUGGUAUUGCUACACACAUGCGCCAGGGCAUCAGCUACAGGCGGCAUGAGAGCACUGUGGAGAGAUGGGAUCCGGACAGCAACACCUGGUCCUCAGUGGAGCACAUGGCUGAGUGCAGGAGCACGCUAGGGGUUGUGGUGUUAGCAGGGGAGCUUUAUGCACUUGGAGGCUAUGAUGGUCAGUACUACCUCCAGUCAGUGGAAAAAUAUGUCCCCAAAGUGAAAGAAUGGCAGCCUGUGGCACCCAUGACCAAAUCACGCAGUUGCUUUGCCACUGCAGUGCUUAAUGGUAUGAUUUAUGCUAUUGGAGGCUACGGACCUGCUCAUAUGAACAGUGUGGAACGCUACGACCCCAGCAAGGAUUCCUGGGAAAUGGUAGCACCCAUGGCUAACAAGAGAAUAAACUUUGGAGUGGGAGUCAUGCUAGGGUUUAUAUUUGUUGUUGGUGGACAUAAUGGUGUGUCACAUUUGUCCAGUAUUGAAAGAUACGACCCUCACCAGAACCAGUGGACAGCAUGUCGACCCAUGAACGAACCCCGCACAGGGGUCGGCUCAGCCAUCGUGGACAACUGCCUCUUUGUGGUGGGGGGUCAUUCAGGGUCAUCUUACCUGAACACAGUGCAGCGCUAUGACCCAAUCUCGGACAGCUGGCUGGACUCCAGCGGUAUGAUGUACUGUCGCUGUAACUUUGGCCUUACUGCUCUUUGACCCCUGGGGUAGUCGUAGGGUACUUAUUUUUCAAGAAAGACAAAAAAAAUUUGCAUUUCUUUUAUUAACUCCCCAUUCAUCUUUGGAACCACUUUUCUCAGAAGGUUACUGCAGCUGUGUGGUCCAGGGAAGAAAAGAGAGUACCAUUCUUUGCUAGAUUCCGGUGUUUAAAAAAGUAGAGGCAAUGGAUCUGAAAUACAUGUGAGCAAAAAGACUUCUCCAAAGCUGUAUGGGUUCUGCGAGGGACUAGAAGGUGCUGAACAGCAGGAGACAUCAGUCACUUUGGUGGUUCUUGGAUGGCAUUGUGGCAUUUGUCUGUUUGUAAUGCCAUUUAUUGAGCACUCUUUUUAACUUAGCCACUGGUGCAGCUUAGCACCUUUAAUUUCAGUUUGUCUGCAGGUCUGUGCCUGUAGAUGAUGUGUAUGCAUGUCACGGAAGGAAGUGUGAGUGUGUGAGUGUGAGUGUGCGCGCGAGCGCGCAUGCAGGACAAGCGUUCAGACUCGGGGUUAAAUCACCGGCUGGGCUCAUAGCGUCUGCAUCAAAAGUAGUGCUUCACAAAAAAGUGGAAAAAACUUUAUUCACACUUAAAAAGGGCUGCCUUUCUUCACCUUGUAUAUAGUUUGACUAAAGAAUAUAUAUUCUAUCCUCCAGUGCAUUGCCUGUAAAUGUUAUCUGCACUUGUGAGUGUGUGUGUGUGAGUGUGUGUGAGUGUGUGUGAGUGUGUGUGAGUGUGUGUGUGAGUGUGUGUGUGAGUGUGUGUGUGAGUGUGUGUGUGAGUGUGUGUGUGAGUGUGUGUGUGAGUGUGUGUGUGAGUGUGUGUGUGAGUGUGUGUGUGAGUGUGUGUGUGAGUGUGUGUGUGAGUGUGUGUGUGAGUGUGUGUGUGAGUGUGUGUGUGAGUGUGUGUGUGAGUGUGUGUGUGAGUGUGUGUGUGAGUGUAUGUGUGAGUGUGUGAGUGUGUGUGGACUGAAUAUAUUCAUGUUUCACUGCAGUCUCUUAUGAAUUCUUCCAAAAUCUACACACCUCUUCCUAGGUAGCUGUAGAACAUUUUUGUUGUUUGUGUUGUAAACACAUUCUUUUGCCAGGCCAUGUCUUUUAUUCUACAUCGUUUCUUUUUCAAAUGUUGAACGUGUUUUUUUGUUGUUGUUGUUUUUUUUUUAUAUAAACCAUUGCAAAGGUGUGGGAGUUAAGAGAAAAAUUCUUCUGGUGCUAGUUAAUAAUUCAGGAUUUAUUUCUUUUGUCUGUCUUUUCACAAAAGCGUAUUUGAUAUUAGUAUUAUUAUUUUUUUAUUAUUAUUUGCACGUGUUCUGUUAUUGUUACAUUUACAGAUGCUCCGUCAAGCCCUGUGCAAUAAGAUCACUGAUUAAUUAUUAAUUAUCAGCAUCUGGAAUUAUAGCGAAUUGUGUCUACAAUGACCACCUUCAGUAUCAGUUCUAAUAUUUCAUAUCGUGAAAACACAGACCGAAACUAGUUCAACUUUCAAAUCCAAAUCUGGAAGAAGUUAAUUUACAUACUGUAUGUUUAAUUUCGUACAACAAAUCUGACCAAAAAUCAGAUUACAUGUAGUUUACACAUUUACAUAAACGAACAAUAGUGUACAUUAGAUUCAAGCAGUCUCUAUAAUUAAUCAUAAUACAUUUUAUCCUUUACAUUUCAGAUCCUUCAGCAAAUAAUCUAUUCCACUGUCGACUUUCUAACGUAUCUGUCUUUAUGUGAAGUGAUUAAAAGCGUGACCUGACUGAAGCCCAUAUGAUUUUCACACAUAGACGUCUCCGUGAUCAUAAAUAAAUCACUAGGAAAAUCCAUCAAUAAAACAUUUAUUUAACAGUUUAAAGAUCAAACUUUUUACUAUAAUAAUAGUUUAUAAUAUAGUAUUGUUUCAGAACAGUGUCUAGCUAAAGAAUGCUAGAUAUCCGCUCUCUAAUCUGAGAUGGGUUGUUUAAAGAUUUUGCUUGGCUUCCUGUCAGUCAUUUAAUAGACACAUUGCCCCAACAAUGCUCAACAAUAUAAUCCUCUGGACAAUAUUAGAACAUAUUUCCCAAAGCGAUCUUUGCACACGGCUGUGCUUACAAACGGAGGUCUGCAUUGCACUUAUUAAACACUUUAAUACUUUGUGUGAUAUGUAUGUAAUACUUAAGUUCAAGGCAUUUAAAUGAUGCAAUAAGACCAUUUCAUAUAUAUAUUUUUUGUUGGUGGUGAAAGCAAAAUGCUGUUAAUGUGUCUUUUUCCUUUUCUUUGUUUUUUUUUUUUAUUUUAAUUUUAUUUUUUUCCCCUCCACCACAUUUCCUAUUGAGAUUCAGAUUUUGCCUUUAUUCCUGUUUUUCGGUACUGACAUAUGGAGCGUUUAAACCUUAUCCCCACUCAAAUAUCCAUUUUUUUUCUAAACUGUAAUUAUAACCACAACAUUAGGGUUUGGACUACCAAAGCAAGAAGGCGUAAAAUUAAUUUAAAAGUGGUUCGUUUUGUGAACAGGGGAAAAGGGAAAAAAAAGAAGAAAAAAAAGCCUUUAUAAAAACUUUUUCCUCCUGCAACAGAUGCUGCCUGAAGACAGAAUUAACAUCAACUGCUUCUUUUUCAUGAGGAAGUUAAGAUAAAGGUUAAAAAGAAAGGUAAGCAUCAUAAAGAUCGGCACGGUCUUGCAUCAGCAAUAAAUCUAUGGAUCAUUCACGAGUAAUACUGACUUCGGUUCCCUGAACAAAUCCAUCUUCUAACUACCAUUUGAAAGGAAAAAUCCAGGGUGAAUUUUCACGGUUUGCUGAUCAAUAGGCAUAAAAGGCAGUUUGAGAGCGUUUUAAGAGAAACCGGUUGUUGUGUGAAACGAACCAUGUACUAUUUGCUAAUAAUAAAUGUACUAUUGAUGUCAUAAUAACGUCAUCUCAUUAUCGUUGUUUGUGCAUUAAAUGAAAGAAAGAAAAGGGAAAAAAAUCACGCUGGCGUGAUCUCGCAUUUGUCAUGUGUUUAUGAAUUGUCUUGUCUUGUUCUUUGCAUGCAGUAAUGACUCUAAACCUUUCUAACGAUGCUUCAUUCUUUACUAUGGUUUGUCCGAUUUAUUACAGCUUCAGAGCAGGAGCACCGGCGGCCAUAUAUGCAUCUCAUGUAAUCUGAACACGUGAAACUGCAAAAUGAAAGGAUAUUUGUGAUGUUUUUUUGUUAUCGUUCUGAACUCCUGUCUUGUCACCACUCUCACCAAAGUGCUUGUUUUAUGAGGGAGCUGGAUAAAAUCAGAGGAGUGUGUGUGUUUGGAUGUGUUUUAGACUUGAUUCCAAUGUCUAAAGAGCAUUGUGUGAAACUGAUGUCAAACACCUGGAUUGUGUUUAGGUUUUUUUCCCGUAGGUGUCUGGUUGUCGUCUGAAGUGAGGUGAUAAUCUUGAUUCUUUUUUUUUGUAUGUACCUGUGGAUUGUUACUGGAAGUAAAAAGAUAAACCUUAAUCAAUAGAUGCAGUAUUUAUUUUUCAGUUUAGCAAGAGAGAGAGACGGAGCGCAUUUCUGCCAGUUUCUUUAGCUGUGUGGUGCAGUUGUACCCAGUGAAAUAAUAAAUGCCAGCCUCACAAGGCAA